UCAUCUUCCACGCGCGCGGAGCGGAGCGACUCCCACAAUGCACUGGGGGUGGCCCCGGCAAGUGCCUGCUCCGCUCCUCCCCUCCCGGCGCGGCAGGGAGGGGCCCGCGCGGCGGCGGCGGCCCAGAUCCAGCCUGUGACAAUACCUGGGAAGAGUAUGAAUGUUUCAGAGAACUGGCUGUUCAAUGGUUCCUCACUAGCAUCUCAAGUUCAUGCUGCUGCUAUUAAUGGAGAUAAGGGUGCCCUCCAAAAGCUAAUAGCAGGAAACCCUGAGCUGAAAAAUAAAGAAGACCAGUUUGGGAGGACUCCACUCAUGUACUGUGUGUUGGCUGACAGGUUAGAUUGUGCUGAGGCCUUGCUGAAGGCAGGAGUAGGUAUUAAUAAAGCUGAUCAUAGCCAGAGAACUGCUCUCCACCUUGCUGCACAAAAGGGAAAUUAUCGCUUCAUGAAACUUUUACUUGCUCGCAGAGCAAACUGGAUGCAAAAGGAUUUAGAAGAAAUGACGCCUUUACAUUUAACUACCCGCCACAAGAGUCCCAAGUGCUUAGCUUUGUUGCUAAAAUACAUGGCACCAGGAGAAGUGGAUACACAGGACAGAAACAAGCAAACUGCUCUGCACUGGAGUGCCUACUACAAUAACCCAGAGCAUGUGAAACUUCUUAUAAAACACGAUUCUAAUAUUGGAAUACCUGAUAUUGAAGGCAAAAUCCCACUUCAUUGGGCAGCUAACCACAAGGAUCCCGGUGCAAUUCUAACAGUCAAAUGUAUUCUGGAUGCUGCUCCCACAGAAUCUUUAUUGAACUGGCAGGACUAUGAAGGACGAACCCCCCUUCAUUUUGCAGUUGCUGAUGGGAAUGUGGCAGUGGUUGAUGUCCUGACCUCUUAUGACGGCUGCAAUGUGACAUCUUAUGACAACCUCUUUCGAACUCCUCUUCACUGGGCAGCUUUACUGGGCCAUGCACAGAUUGUCCAUCUCCUGUUAGAAAGAAAUAAGUUUGGAACAAUCCCAUCUGAUAGCCAAGGGGCAACACCCUUACAUUAUGCAGCACAGAGCAACUUUGCUGAAACAGUUGAAGUAUUUUUGAAACAUCCCUCUGUGAAAGAUGACUCAGAUCUUGAGGGAAGAACAUCCUUUAUGUGGGCAGCUGGGAAAGGCAGUGAUGACGUCAUCAGGACUAUGCUGAAUUUAAAAUUGGACAUUGAUAUCAACAUGGCAGAUAAAUAUGCUGGCACAGCAUUACAUGCUGCUGCCCUUUCCGGCCAUGUCAGCACUGUGAAAUUGCUCUUAGAACAUAAUGCACAGAUAGAUGCAACUGAUGUAAUGAAGCAUACUCCACUUUUCCGAGCCUGCGAGAUGGGACACAAAGAAGUGAUACAGACACUCAUUAAAGGGGGAGCAAGAGUAGAUUUGGUUGAUCAAGAUGGUCAUUCUCCCCUUCACUGGGCAGCUCUGGGUGGAAAUGCUGAUGUAUGUCAAAUUUUGAUAGAAAAUAAAAUCAACCCAAAUGUGCAGGAUUAUGCAGGUAGAACUCCCUUGCAGUGUGCUGCAUAUGGAGGCUAUAUUAACUGCAUGGUCGUGUUACUGGAAAAUAACGCAGAUCCAAAUAUUCAAGAUAAAGAGGGAAGGACUGCUUUACAUUGGCUGUGUAACAAUGGCUACCUUGAUGCUAUAAAGUUGCUGCUGGGUUUUGAUGCUUUCCCUAAUCACAUGGAGAACAAUGAAGAGAGAUAUACGCCACUUGAUUAUGCUUUGCUUGGAGAACACCAUGAGGUGAUUCAGUUUAUGUUAGAACAUGGUGCUCUGUCUAUAGCUGCCAUACAGGACAUUGCUGCCUUCAAAAUCCAAGCUGUCUACAAAGGAUACAAGGUUAGAAAGGCUUUCCAAGACAGAAAAAAUCUUCUAAUGAAGCAUGAACAGCUGAGAAAAGAUGCCGCUGCCAAGAAACGUGAAGAAGAAAAUAAGAGGAAAGAAGCAGAACUGCGGAAGGGAAUGCAGGACCUGGUACUCAACAGGGUGCAAGUACAGCCACAUCCUGCAAAUAGAGAGAAGAGUAACAGAACUAGCACUCCACAGCUGUCCAGUAAACAAAUUGAUGUGCAUAGUUACAGGCUUUUCUGCAGUAGCAUUUCUCAAAACCAAGCAGGGAAAAACAAUAGAGGAUCACCUGCAACUUCUCAAAACAAAACAACACCAAAGGAAAAAUGUCUGUCUGCAGAGCUACCGGGUGAAGAUCACAAAAACCAAAAAGAAUUAUCCAGAAAACAUACCAAAAGCAAGACAGCUUGUGUCCAUUUCCAUUGUGGUAAAGAAAAUGAUGGAGCCAAAGUUGAAGCUAACCAUCAAGUUGUGGCGGCUACAGAGUGGUAUGGUGAAAAGCACAAGGAGCAGACUGCAAGCGAGAAAGGCUUAGCACAUGGCAAUGAAAAGCACAUCCCUUGUUGUAACACAGCCAGUGCUGGGGAGAAAUUAGCAGAUCAAAGUCAAUCUAUAGCUGGCAACAGAAGCCAUUGUGAAGGAACAAUAGGGCGCUUGCAGAAUAUUAACUGCACUGAUGGAAACUCAAGGAAUUCAAGGCAGUGUGAAACUCUAUCAAAAGGCAAACCACGCACGCUGAAAGCAAGAAAUAAAGAGUUAAACAGUGAGAGAUGUUCCCCAGCUGGCUCCAGUAGACCCGGAAGUGCAAAAAUGAGAUUUGUAAACAUCAGAAAUGACAGUUCACAUGCUGUAGUACAAAUUAACAAUGUGGCAAAUAAUGAAUUAGCAAAAAAGACCUGCCCUUUACUGUCUAUCAAAGCAGGAACUACAAGACCUGUGCCAAGUGAUCCAGCCGCACAUACUAUUUUUAAUGACAGUCUGAACUUGGAAAAAACAGAUAUAACGGGGUCCAAGAAUGCAGAUGAUCAAUUAUGUUCCCAUCUCACAUGUCAGAGUAUGAAUAUUGAACUUAUCCCAGUAGAGAUCCGUAUGCAGAUAAUAGAAAAGGAAAGAACAAGAAAAGAGCUAUUUCGGAAGAAGAACUAUGCUGCUACUGUUAUUCAGAGGACAUGGAGAAGUUACCAGCUAAGACAGAAGUUGGUCCAGCUUUUUAGUGCUGAGCGGCAGUGCAAAGAAGAUGAAGACAAAUGGAGACAAGAGACAGCUGCUUUUUUCAUCCAGGUCGCUUGGAAGAAACAGCUGAACCAUGGCCCUCUGAAAUCAGUGUCUUCAUGUAAAAACCUGAAAUCUAUAAAUAAAAGCAACUCAGCCAUAAAAACAAGCAAGCAAUCCAUCCUUAAGCAGAUAUACGGGCGUUCUCAAGAAGGAAAAGUUUGCCAUCCAGCAAGACCUUCUUCAAAGCAUAAGCUUUCUGAUGUGCACAUGAUCUCAGUAAGCAACCUGCAGUAUGUUCAUCUGCUGGAGAAUGAAGGGAAACUGAAGCAGUUUUCAUACAACAUGAGACCAACCACUGCUGCAAAGUCAAAAACCAAAAGACCCAAGCAUUAAGCAAAGCUGAGAAGUAGUAAUAGGGAACCUGAGAACAAUUUAAAGACUACUCCCCGGUUCUACAGGGAUGUAUGAAAUCUUUUUUGUAAUUGAAAAAAGUAUACAAAAUAUUAAGCUAACACAGGUAUUUUCCGUUCUUGUAUUAUCUCGGUGCUGUAAUGCCAAACCAGACUUCCAAGGAGUUGAACUCAUUUCGUGUACCAAUGAAAUGUAGAAUUAAAAAGUAAUUUAUUUACUGACAUGAUGACAUUUGAAAUUUUGUAAAGUUGAGAAGUGGGCUGGAAUUAGCAAUUUACAGAAUUUAUCAAAAUUAUCUGUAAACAUGUUUUGAGUGUUAAUUACAGCCGUACGUUCAGCCACGUUUGGGGUUUGAAAAAAAACUUUAUAUAAUGAACAUGUACAGUAUUGCCUUCUCUCUCUUCUCCAACCCUAUCACAGCACUUCUGAUUUAUGAAAGCUAAAAUAAAUCUUCCUGGGAAACAAUACAAGCAAGUAGUUUUCUCUAGGUAAAAAGCAUAAAACAAGGGCUAGUUCUACACUUAGAUUAAAAAUUAGGGAGCUGAAAUUCCCUCUAAAUUAGAAACCCAACCUCCCCUCCUAUCACCCAGUUAAUAUCCAGAUCUAUGAAACAGCCAGUUUCUCAAUGCAAUCCACAUAUUUAUUCUUAAUUUUAAAGGGGGGUGAACUAAUAUGGCUCCCACCUUUUCCUUUGAGAUUAUUCCACACUCUGCUAUGAAGUGAAAAUUCCUAGUAUUGCUACAUAUUAAAAUUCUUUGUUCAUUACCAUAGCGUACCCCCUCGGGAAUAUCCUAACCAAUGUCUCUCCAUACUUUGUGUUUACGUCCUUUUAGAUGGCUGCCCUUCGUCAAUUUCAUUGUGGCUGAAAUGGUCAAUUUUUUAUUUAGUCAAAAAAUGUUGAAAGUUUUUGUUUCAAUAUUUCCAAGUCAAAGUUACUCAGAACUUUUCAUCCCACAAAAAUUUGAUUUUACUUUUUGGGAUGAAAGCAAAUGCCAAAGUAUUGGCAUUUCCUGAGGGACUGAAAUCAUUUUUUCCAAACUGCUCUAAUCACAAGCUAGGUGUGCAGAGCAAAGGGUUAACUAUUUUGUCACUGUGUCUCAUUUCACCCCAAAUUCAGAGUACCAAAAGCUUGAAAUUACCUGUAAUAAGUACCUCAAAAUCUAUGCAGAGCAGAAAGUAUAGCCUCCACUAGGAAUGAGUGCAUCUGCUCAACAGCAACCUGUACGCUCUGAUUCAUCACUGAAGAGAAAGAAACAUUGUGUUUGAGCUCACUGUUCGAUGCUAACGUACUGGUAGAAAUUGUGACUGAAAGAAAGGACCAUGUUAACUGUUAAGUUUCUAGGGUGAAAGGCUGGCCCUAUAAAAGUCAGUGGGGCCAGGAUUUCACCACUUCACUCUCUCCCCUCAAACCAAAGGAAAUGUCUUUGUUAGUGAAAUAGUCAUAAUUUUUUUUUAUAUUGCCAUGCAUACCAUGGGGCCUUCUUCUCCCACUGACGUGAGCUGGAGUGUUGCCAUUGACUUCUCAAGUGAAAUGAAAGGCAGACAAGGGCAUGACUUUGGUGGACAUGUUUUUUAAGAAAAAAUAUGUAUGUAACAUGUUCCUUUUUUCCUUACUUUUGUCCUAAGCAUAUUGUAUUUUAUUACUCUGACUUUAUUCUUUACUACAUUACUAUUUUUUAUAUUCAAUAAAUAUCCAAAAUACU